UGAAAAUUAAUCAUGCGAGCAACGAAGAAACAAACAUUAUCGCGGGAGUUGCAGUUCGUUCUUGUUUACUACUAUCCAAGUCGAACCAAAAAUGAAAAGUAGAAGUGAAGUCAGCAAACUUGUUACCGCAGAGCUGCGAAGGAAAGGAGUACGAACUUAGCUGUGUUUAUCAGUGUCUCUGUUCGUGCUCAACGAUGUCGUUUUAUGGUCUCUCCUGUUGGCUGCAUAUUCCUCUCUCUCCUGGCUGGGCCUCUAAUCUAUUAUUUGAUUUCCUGUUAGGGGAAGGGAGCUGCUUCGAAAUCUCCGCUGCCUUUUUAGGUGAAAAAUCUGAAAACCCUCCUUAAUUCUCAACCCUUUCUACUCUCUUCUUCCUUCCUUCGCCAGGGCAAGGGCAACGCACUGGGCGAAGAGUAAGAUACACCAAUCAGCCAGCCACAUGCCCAGAGGAAGAUUUUGACCCUAAACGUCUCUAAAGUAGCGAACUUUCGGUCUCAAUCGGAAAGGGCGGCAUCCUCCUAUUUUUGGGAUUUUCGGCUUUCAUAUGCGCCCAAUCCCCUUCUUAGGUCUUCGACUUUUAUGGGAAAAUCGCCUGCCGCGAUAUCAAGGCUUCCCAAUCUCGUCGCCCAGUGCGUAAACCACUCGAAACAAGCGAAACCCACCUCCCGAUUCCAGAGCAUAGCUGCUGGAGAAGCAGACAAGUCGAGGAGAAGGUGGAAGGAGAAGAAGACGAUGGAGAGUAGCAGCUCUGAUAUAGACGCCGCCAACAGAAGUCACAACGUCAGCAGCAGCAGCAGCAGCGCGAGCGCCGUCAGCAACUUUCGGGUGCCGCUGUCGGAGGUUGUGUCGGAUUGCGUGAAGCGGUGGUUCAAGGACACGCUCAAAGAAGCCAAAGCUGGAGAUAUUAACAUGCAGGUCUUGGUCAGUCAAAUGUAUUUCAGCGGCUAUGGCGUCCCUCAAGACGGCCAAAAGGCAAGGAUUUGGAUGGCAAGAGCGGCAAGGACUCGGUCAUCGGUUUGGAGAGUUAGUGAUAAACGCCCUGGUUAUAAUGCCAGUGAUUCCGACUCGGAUGAAUUGAAGGGUGAUUCUUGAUUUGGGGACUCAUCGAAACGAGUGAGUUGGCUGUUCUUCUGAGUUUCUCUUUGGUACUUACAGUUGCACCUUGAAUUAUCCCCGACGAUGUUCAUUAAUUUGUUUGGUCUUGAAGAAUUCGUCUUUCUUCUCUUCAUUUGUUCUUGCUAUUGUCCACAAUCAAUCCUAUGUUUCUGUGAUUACUCGAAAUGAAUGCGGCCAACUGUUAGCUAGCAUUUUCGUUUAAGCUAUCUGUGCCGUUCUCUUUGAUUGAUUGUCAUACUGACCAGUCUCCCAAGUAGUGAUUAACUGAAGUUUGCUAGCUCUUUCCAGCUAAAUACUCUGUGAUGCUGCUAGAUUUCAUUCUUAUUAUUACAUUCCUUUGAUAUUGCUGCUGAACAAUCAGCCAUCGUUAAGGAAGCAGUUAUUGAUGAAAUGAAUUAGAGAAGCGAAGUACCAAAACCCUACCAAGUGAAAAAGCCAUUGUAAGAAAGGGUGGGGAUUAUGUGUGAAUUGACUGAAGAAGUAAUGACUUGAUACCAUUUCUUUUUCCUUGAUGUAGUAGCUACCAAGUAGUUGGGGAACAAACACUCUACUUGAAUUUCACCGCUCAUCACGAUGACCGCGAUGAUGUAGGUUGAAGCUCUCAUAUUAAGCUUGUCCUCAUUUUCCAUGGUGUGUAGGGGAAGGAAGGGUUGCCGGUGUUUUGUUGCUGCUGUUUUCAUCGCCGGAUUUUAUUCUGGGUGGUUUCUGGCUGAUAAUCUCACCCGUGGUUUGUUUUUCAUCUUUGGGUAUCUUGUCCAAUUGGUUUUCUGUUUUCACGUCUUCAGCACGCUGUUAGAGACAGAAUGUAACUUUUGUGUUUAGAGAUUUUCACUUUGGUAUCAGUAUCCAUUGCUGUCAAUCUUCACUUGGGUCAUAUUUGAUUACCAACUGAUCUCCAUUCUGCAGCAGCAGUAUUUCCUCCUUUCAUAAUUGAAGUUUGGAGAUAAAUAUCCAUCUAUCGCAAUUCCGUUGCAGACUGCAUUCAUCAUUCCGCCGACAUUUUGGCCAUAGACGUCUCUCCUGGUGGAGCUGGUUUUCCUCUGCAACAUUUCCAAAUCAUGCAUUGUUUUAAAAUCGUGGCAUAAGUCAACCCGUAUGUGAUUUGGGAAACCCAUUCGCACCAUCACCGAACAGUUAUAGGAAGUUCUUGAUAUAAUCUAAAACUUUUCUUAAAAUAAUAAAAUGUCAAUAUUAAU